ACAGAGCGAGCCUUCAUUCAGCCCAUCUCAAUUGACACUAGCCGGUUGGCCGUAACCCAGAGCAAACCCAUCAGGGCACGAACUGUACUUUGCACUGCACUGUGUGAGGCUAACUGCUAGAUGGCUGCUCGUAGCUUGUUUGCCCCUUUGCGGUUCGUCAGUCUAUCGAGGGUUGGCCGAGCGACUGCUGUUCCCGUGCUCAAGUUCCACACCAAUGCUUCUCCAUUGAUGGGUGCUACCGUGGAGCAGUUUAACCUGGCCAAGAGCAAGCUGGCCACCCUUAAGAAUGACCCAGGCAAUAUGGCCAAACUACAAAUCUAUGCUCUCUUCAAACAGUCCACUGAAGGACAGUGCACCACGUCGAAACCCGGGAUGCUAGAUUUUGUCAAAAAAGCUAAAUGGGACGCAUGGAAGUCACUUGGCUCCAUAUCUCAGGAAGAAGCCAGGCAGCAGUACUGUGACCUGAUUGGCUCCCUGGUGACGGAGGAAGGAGGGUCUGCUCAGGUGGUGGCACAGGCUGCUGGUAGCGGCCCCACAUAUAAAGAUCUGGUGGUGACAACUGAAGAUAAGAUCACCACCAUUAUGCUCAACAGGCCCGCCAAGAAGAACGCCAUCACCACAGAGUUGUACACUGAUAUCAUCUCUGCCCUGGACCAAGCAGCAAAGGACAGCUCUGUGCUCACAGUCAUUACCGGUGCUGGGGACUUUUACUGCAGUGGGAAUGACCUGUCUAACUUCACCAAGAUCCCAGAAGGUGGAAUUGAUGCGUUGGCGAAAAAAAGUGGGGAUCUGCUGAGGAACUACAUCAAUGCUUACAUAGACUUUCCGAAACCUCUGGUUGCCGUGGUGAACGGGCCAGCUGUCGGCGUGUCGGUCACAGUGCUGGCGCUGUUUGAUCUGGUGUACUCCACAGAUAGGGCAACCUUCCACACUCCCUUCAGCAAGCUGGGUCAGAGUCCAGAGGGCUGCUCCUCAUACACCUUCCCCCUGAUUAUGGGGCCCUCCAAGGCCAGUGAGAUGCUGCUGUUCAACAAGAAGCUAACGGCGGCCCAGGCCUGCGACCAGGGUCUGGUCACUGAGGUGUUCCCUGACGCCUCCUUCCAGACGGAGGUGUGGAACAGACUCAAGGCCUACGCCCAGCUGCCUCCCAACUCCCUGGCGCUGUCCAAGCAGCUGGUCCGCUCGGCGGAGCUAGAGCGGCUGCACGCGGCCAACGACGCGGAGGUGGCGCGGCUGGUGGAGCGCUGGCAGUCCGACGAGUGCAUGGCCGCCAUCAUGGGCUUCUUCCAGGGCAAGGCCAAGUUGUAGAGACGGGGAGGAGGGGGGGUUGGUGGCGGUAUGAGGGAGAGAGGGGGACUCCACUUUAUAAUGGUCGCCUUUUCAGACCAAGGUAGAGAAAGUGCCAUGAGCAACCAUGAGGCAACGUCUAGAAUGCACGAGGGGUAGAGAUUGGGUUAGAAGACAGAUGGAUAAAAAAUUAUUUAGGUUGUUUGAUAUAUUUAUAAUAUAUAUAAUUGUUCCGUUUUAAUUGUUCCGGAAUCAGAACAUGGAACAGCUAUUUUUGCGCGCGCGCACAAAAAGAAAGGACUUGAGAUUUUGAGAGAAUAUCUUCAACUUUGCAAAGAGAAACACGGUAACAAUUGUUAUUUUUGUAAGAACGUAUAACUGUCAGACGGUGAGGGUUGCUUAUGGGGACCGAAGGAACAGGAGGUUGCCUUCUCUCCUUGCCUUCCUAUAAAACAUUAACACUUUGCUGCCUUGUCGUAUUGGACAAAAUUGUGAGUCAAAUGUAUAGUAAAUACAUUUUCCAUAAAACCCUCCAUAUUUGUAUUGCCCUGUUGGAUAGCUAUGGUGGAUUAUGUCAUACAUGUGAUUAUGUCAUAAGUAGACUGCCUUAUAAAUCAAGAAAUGAAAGGGGCUCCUCGUUGCCAACAUUCGUAGUUUCACUGGCUUCUUCAAAUUAAUUGAACUAAUGCUGUUAACAUUACUAUGCGAUAAUGUUGAUGACUGCUUUUUACUUUAGAGGUUAGCGUUAGGGUGUAUUUUUGUUGAUUACCACUGAAAUGGAUUGGUUUGUAAAAAAUCAAAAAUGCCAUAACGGAGGACUGCUGUUGUAACUUUAAAUUUAAGGCAUUUGGAAAUAUUAAAUCGAGCUGACUGAUAACA